GUUUACCCUCUGUUGGCGUCUCCAUUUUAUCCUUCCUAUUCGUCUUUUGAAUGUCUUGAAUUUAUUUAUCGCGAUCUUGACCCUGUUCUGACUGGGUUCGGCCAUGGCGCCCGAGGCCCCCGCCGACACAGCAGGCCCGUCCUCCCCACCGCCUCGACUACCAGAAGGAUGGCUCGCCCAGUGGGAGGGCGUCCAACGAAAAUGGUAUUUCGUCCAGCGGACAACGGGCAAGUCGCAAUGGGAAAUCCCAACCGAACCCGUUCUCCUCACGCCAUCAACAACACCAACUCCCCUCGGGCCGGGACCCUCGCAAGCGCCAAACUCGAAUCAAAUGGGCAAUAGUUCGCGGGCGGUAGAGACUGGGGAUACAAAGGCGGACAGGAAUCGUUCUGCGGCGGACAUUGCGAGAGUUUCCAGCUCCGGUAAUUCACCUCUGCAUGGGGGGCUGGAGAACCCUCUGCAUGGGUCUGCAGGAGUCCUAGGUCCGUAUUCGAACCAGACCGGUCAGCGCUUGCCCGGGGCGUAUGCGCAACAUCCUCCCGGGAACGAUGGUGGAUAUGGUUCGGGACCGUUGCAGCACGGCCAUGCUACACAGAUGAACGGUGCUCAACCUGUUUUCUAUUCAAUGCCUGGGCAUCCUGGCUAUCAAAACGCCCCGCAACACUUGAACCAAGGUAUGCCCGGGGCCGCCUGGGGAAAUGCUGCUGCUGCAUUUCAGGGCCACUCAGGCUUUGACCAAGGGUACCAUUCAGAACCGUUUCAAGGGUUUUCUACUGGUCCACUACCUCCUUCGUGGAACGAGAGUCAUACUCCUCAAGGACAGAUGACGGGACAGAUGACAGGACAGAUGGCUGGGAUAGUGAUCUCUCAACCGCAAUGGCAAUCCGAGUCGCAAUCGAACCAGUCAAAUGGUCUCGGUGAUCACGUCCCAAUUAAUGCCCACUCGUCAACCCUUUCCCAGCCAUUCUUUGGGCCAUAUUCCUCUCAUAAUGGUACUGGGCAGUCCCCGAGGGAGUUUCCGUCUCGGUCCUCGGAUCUGUCCCUCCCUCGGGAAGGGCAACCGGCCCAGGCAUCCAUGGACGGCUUUUCUGGACAUUCGCCGCAGUCCAUGGCCGAUCAAGCUACAUCAGGUCACAAAUAUGGCGUCUCUCGGUCUCAUCCACAACACCCUUCUACCGACCCUGCGUUGCAGGGAUUCUCACCCUUGCAGCACGCUCAAGCUCAAUACCAGCAGCAGUAUAUGAUACGAAACCAGGCAGGGCCUGGUAUAAAUCACCAGAGCCAGCAGAGCCAACAGGGUAAUAUUCCUCAAUAUCAAAACCCUCUGGGCCACAUUGGUUCCAACAAUUACAUACCACAACAACAAUUUGGGCACCCUGGUGGACCAACAGGCUUCUCUGAAACUGCGUACCAAACGCCCUACAGCCAGUCGGGCCACGCACCAGGAACCACCCGGCAGGCACCUUUCGAGUCUCAGUUUGUGAGCGGGCCUUGGACGUCGACACCGCCUAACUCUGGUCCGCCGUAGAUGUCUUGACGCUUUUGGCUAUUACUGCUAUUAAUUGACACAAGCACACUUCAUUGGCUAGUUUGAGCAGAUUCUGUGGAUAUCCCUUUCUGCGGCCUUUUUCUUCCUAUAGAUUCCGGGUUUGAGGUUGUACUUUCUUCGCUCAGCAAUCAAUCUCUCAUUGACAUGUAUUGUCCGGAUGUUAAGGACGUCCUUGCUAUCACCUCAUGAGAGUAAUCCCUUAGUAGGCGGCAUAGGUGAUAGAUCAAACUACCAAGAUGAAAAAGAGGAUAGAACAACUUGUAAAGGUUAAUCAUUUGCAACUGUGAGG